AUGAGCUUCGCUAUCGAGGUGCCCGGGGAGGCCAGCCCUCUCACCAUGCAGGAGCUGUGCAAGGCACUCGAGGCUGCCACCUCCAUGGACAACAGCCAGAGGCAGGCCGCCGGAAAGCAGCUCAGCACCUGGGAGACACAGCACGGCUACUUUCCCUCAUUGCAGAGCAUCUUCCUCGACAAGUCGAUCCCGCGAGAGAUUCGUUUCCUGGCCAUAAUCCAACUCAAGAACGGAAUAGACAAAUACUGGCGCCACAUUGCCAAGAACGCCAUGAGUCCCAAUGACAAGGCCCUUAUAAGAUCAAGACUGUUCCAAGGCACCUUGGGCGAGGACGACAGGGCGUUCGCGUUGCACAACGCCCUUGCCACAGCAAAGGUCCUUCGCAUCGACUACCCCGACUCGUGGCCAGAGGCACUCCCAAGCAUAAUAGACCUGCUGAGGACGUACAAAAAUGGCGACCAGGUACUCUUGGGCGGUGCUCUGGUCAUCCUCCUCCGGGUUGUCAAGGAGCUCGGCACCGCUCGGAUGCGAAAAUCCCAGACCGCCCUACAGUCCGUCACACCCGAGCUGGUCUACCUUCUCGGCGAGAUAUAUACAGAAAGAACCUCCCUAUGGACCGAGUGGUUGGUGAAUGGCCGUGGCGACGAGGAUGACGCAGACUUGGCCAUGCAGAACAGCCUGUUGGCAGCAAAGAUCCUGCGGCGGUUGCUGAUCCUCGGGUAUGAGAACCCUGUUAAAGACAAGGUCGUCGUCGAGUACUGGUCUGUCACGCAAAACCACUUUGGCCAAUUCCUGGGCUACGUGAGCCACGACUCCCCCGUCCCUGCUCCCUACCAAGACGUGGUGGGGAAGCAUCUCCUCCAGUUCACGAAGCUGCAUGUCGAGAUGUCAGAAACACAUCCUGCCAGCUUCCCCCUCCUGACAAACUCCAUCCCUCUUGUGCUUGCGUAUUGGGAUCUCGUGGCCAAGUUCGCUGAGGUCUUCGACAAGUCUGGCGGUCUGAGACAGACAGCGACUGCGGACGGACCAGGUGCCAAAUCCAAGGUUGAGGGCCCCUUGCUCGAGAAGCUAGCUCUCAAAGGGUUGUUGCUGGUCAAGAGCUGCGUGGCUAUUGUCUGGAGACCUGUGCAGACCUUCAGAUACCUGAGCAAGGAGUUUCUGGAACAGAAAGACAGGGCCGUCCAGAUUAUUAAGGAGGAGUUGCUCAAGGACGACCUUGUUAUGCAGAUCGUCAACGUCAUUAUCACGAAGCUUUUGAUCUUCCGCCAAGCUGAUCUCGAGGCCUGGGAAGCCGACCCUGAGGAGUUCGAGUCCACAGAGCAGUAUCUAGGUGAUGGGUGGCAGUUCGCUGUAAGACCAUGUGCUGAACGAGUCUUCUUGGAACUCCUUGUGCACUACAAAGACCUCUUGACACCUCCACUAUUGUCUUACUUCCAACAGGCGACAAGCGCCGAAUCAGACGUCAUCACAAAGGAAGCAAUCUAUACCGCCAUGGGCGCAGCCGCACCUAAUAUUUCGGAAGCCUUUGACUUUGACAACCUUCUCGCGACAACGCUUGUGCAAGAUGCACAGUUUACUGGCCAUUUGGCCAAGGUCCUGCGACGCAGGAUUGCCAUCUUGAUCAGUACUUGGGUUCCGGUCAAGAUCGCUGACGCAAGUCGGCCACUGAUCUUUGAGAUCUACCGUCACCUUCUCAACGACAAAGAUGAGAUCAACGAUGAGGUUGUCCGGCUCACCGCGGCGAGGCAACUGAAGGAAGUGGCCGAUGACUUCGGAUUCCAAGGUGAUGUGUUCGCAAAAUUCGCACCCGAUUUUCUCCCCCAACUUAUCAACCUGCUUCAAGAGGCCGUCCUGGAGGAUACAAAGCAGGCUCUAUUCGAAACCCUUCGUGUGUGCAUUCAGAGGAUGGAGGAGCACGUGGUUCCCUUUGCAGAUCCCAUUAUGGCGGCGCUUCCAGCUCUCUGGGAAGCUUCCGGCGAUGCGUACAUGGUCAAGGCUGCUAUCAUUGGGGUCCUGUCAGCAUUGGUGAACUCGAUAGGAGCCGAGUCGCAACGCUAUCAGCAAGCAAUGCUCCCUAUCAUCGACCAAUGUAUGCACGACAGUUCAAGCCAGGCUUUCCUCGAAGACAUCGUGGAUCUCUGGAGGUCCCUCAUCACUCAGAGCUCUUCUCCAUUAUCUGCGAACAUUAUCAGCCUUCAACCCAUGAUACUCCCACUCCUGGAUAACGAGCCUCAAUUGGCCGAGUCGGCGUACGAUAUACUGAAUGCAUAUAUCAUUCUGGCCCCUGAAGCUGUCUUGUCAGACAACUUGCGAAGAAGCACGUUGGAGGCACUGUCAGCUCCUCUGCAAUCAUCUGGUCGAAGCCGCGGCGCCGACGUCUUGACCAGCUACAGGAAGAUCGAGCUCAUGUUCAUCGCGGCUUCCGAGCUCGGUGGUUCGAACGGCGCGUCUGUCAUCGUGCAGGACCUCAUCGAGCUGGGAGUCAUCCCGCUCAUGCUCCAGCGCAUCCACAGCGACUGGGAGCACUCGCAGCUGACCGGCCCCAACGCGGCGAACAAGGAAGCACUGGAGUGGUCACAUAAGCUCGCCUACUUCAGCACCCUCGCCCGCAUCGCACUCGCGGACCCGACCCUGCUGGUCAACGUCAUCUCCACCGUCGGCGGCGACAUCACGCAGGUGUGGCCGUGGCUGUCGACCCAGUGGUUCGGCUCGCUCGACAGCAUGGCCGACAUCGAGCGGCAGAAGCUCUCGUGCCUGGCGCUCACUCGCCUGUGCGAGCUGCCCCAGCCCGUGCAGGACCUCGCCUGCUCCAGCCUCCAGGACUACUUCACCAUGUGGCCGUCGGUCGUCCUCGAGUGCCACGACGGCAACGCCCUCGGCGAGGACGGCCUGGUCUGGGACGCCGCGCCCCAGACGGAGGAGGGCACCCCGCUCGAGAACGCCGAGGCCGCCCUCGUGGCGAGGGACCCGGUGCACACGCUGCGGGCGUACGGAUUUGUCACGGAGAGGCUGCAGGGCCUGGUGCAGAGGGCCGGCGGAGAGGCGGCUUUCAGGGAGAACUGGGUGGUUAAUGUGGACAAGGACGUGCUGGACAAGUUUGAGAGGCUGGCUGGCGGGGCCAGCGCCCAGUAG